GAAUACACAAUCUUCCACACACGCUGCCUCUCGGUCUGUAUUGGAAGACAGCGCAGCACAUGCAGUAAUUCCCGACACUUAAUUGAUUAGCCCAGGCUGCUUAUUUGAAGUGGCUAAUUAGAGGGGGAGUGUGUCGAGUGUGUGAGGAGGGCUGGGGAGUCGCUAGCGCUCUUUAUCUCCGUGCGCGUGUGUCUGUCUGAGGAGCUCCAACACCACGCUUCACUCUGGAGCAGGAGGAGGAGGAGAGAAGAAGAAGAAGAAGAGAAGAGAUAGACAGGCAGCUGGGUGGGGAGAUUUUCACUACACUUUCCCUCAUCUGAUAUGGCCUCCGCGUAGGAAUCUGGUGCCACAGCAACAGAGGAGCUAGGCAGCAGCGAGGUGUCUAAGGUGUGAGGAGAGAGAGAGUGCUGGAGAGAGGACAGGAGAGAGAGAGAACGAGAGAAUGAUGGCAGCGGAGGAGGAGAAGCCGGGUUUGAAGAGCAGCAGCUCCAUAGUUCCCUGCUUCUUGUUUGUUGAGCUGGUGAUCAUGGCAGGGACGGUUCUCCUGGCGUACUACUUUGAGUACACAGACACGUUCCCCGUGCACAUCCAGGGCUUCUUCUGCUACGACAAGAUGUUCUCCAAGCCCUACCCCGGCCCGGAUGAAACCAGCAAGAUACCCCCACUGCUGGUCUACUCACUGGUUACAGGCAUCCCAUGCUUCACGAUCCUGGUAGGGGAGCUGGUGGCGUUCUUUCUGAAGGCUGAGGGGACGCAAGAGAAGACCAUAGUGACAGCAGACUGCUGCUAUUUCAACCCCCUGCUGCGACGCAUCGUCCGUUUCCUAGGGGUGUUCUCCUUCGGCCUGUUCACCACCACCAUCUUUGCCAACGCGGGUCAGGUGGUGACAGGAAACCAGACGCCUCACUUCCUGUCUGCCUGCCGGCCUAACUACACGGCCCUGGGGUGCACAUCCAACAUGCAGUACAUCACCCAGCCCCGUGCCUGCACUGGAAACCCCCUGGUAGUGGCAUCCGCACGCAAAUCCUUCCCCUCCAAGGACGCAGCCCUCAGUGUCUACUCUGCAGUCUACACUGUGAUGUAUGUGACGCUGGUAUUUCGGACCAAAGGCACUCGGCUGACCAAGCCUACGGUCAGCCUGACCCUGCUAUGCCUGGCCAUGCUGGUGGGAGUGGUCAAGGUGGCAGAGUACCGCAACCACUGGGCCGACGUCCUGGCCGGCUUCUUCACUGGAGGAGCCAUCGCUGUGUUUCUGGUGACGUGCGUGAUCAACAACUUCCAGCAGACGAGGCCCCCUCCCCUUCCCCCGCGACCCCAGCGCCCUGAGUCGGUGCUAGGCAUGCCCAUGGUGGCUCUGCCCUGUGUGGAGAGUCCACUCGAAAAGUUAAGUGGAACUCAGACUCCGAGGGGGUCUCCUUUCACAGAGAUCACAUGACCAUCAGCCGUAUCGGUUCCCCGCCACCCCAGAUGUCCUCAUUCCGUCUCGCUCCAUUUCCAGCGAAGUCUAGACCAGCCACACGAACAUGAACACUCACACGAACACCACUGCGCCGCCCACCCGGCAGGCCGCUACUCCACCCUCUACAGAUCCUACUCCACGCAGGUCUAGACUAUCUAAACACACGCACACAAGCACAACACACACAGCAUACUCAGACCUCUACGCACCUCCCCCUAACCUUGUCCAAGCCCAAACCCCUGGGGGAACCGAAAGGUGAGCUCAUAAAGUGAGACUCACAAAGACUUAACAGCUGUCCAGCUGAACAUUCAGUACAGUGUCAGGUACAGGUAAGCCUCUUUCAUUUAGUUGUUUCCAGAGGCUUCUUUUUUGUUUUGCAGACUUUUUUUUUUGAAUGUGCUUCAUUGUGUGAAGUACACAUUUCACUGACAUCACAAGGUGAUGUUUCAUCAUCUUCGUGCUUGUAAGGAGAAACUGUCCGAAUCCAUUUGAGAACUGUGUUCUUUUGUGUUUUCAACUGUCUGUCGGAUAUGUCCUUCCUCACAGGCAAUGCAGCCAGUCAUCCUGAAACACUUCAGUCAUUUGUGUCUCUGUGCAAUUGUAAGAUGAAUCCAAACAACCGCUCAAUGAACGCUCUCCACUGGCUUUAGGGCUCAUUUUCAGUAUCCUAGAAUGAGCCAAUCAUCAAAUAUCUGCAAGAGUCAACCAACUCAAUUGUUUACGGACCAAUCACCUUCUGUAGCAACUGUGGUACUUAAUUACUGUACCUUCCAAAUACAGCAUAGAGACAACGCACACAGAUCAGACCUCUCUUCAGCUCUGCACGACAUUACCCAGAUCAAAGGAUACUGUUCAUAUCACUGAGGAGAAGACGAUACAAGAAUAAACAGGAUGAAACUGCAGACGGUUUAUUUUUCUCCGCUUUCGAUUGGUUGCUUCUGCAGCAAGUCAGCGUGAAAUAGAUACAGAUUUGGUAAGACCGGAUGAGACACAUUUUGAAAUACAUCACAAGUGACAGGACUUGAGCUUUGUACAGUACAAAACAUGUUAUUUUACACUCAAUGUAUCUGGACAGGGAACCUUGGUUACCAAAGCUUUGUCAUUGUGAUGUCACUAAAAUACUUGUUUACUUGCGCACCCCUUUUGCCUGGAAUGGAACGGAUCACAUCGGCAUGGAACGGAUCACAUCGGCAUGGAACGGAUCACAUCGGCAUGGAACGGAUCACAUCGGCAUGGAACAGAACGCCACACUGGAAAACCAAGAUUCCCUGUCUCUGGGCUGUAGAGAGAUAUUAUUGGACUUUGCCUAUUCAUGUGAUAAUGUGAUUUAUUUAUGAGGAGAUUGAUCGUAGAUGUAUUUAUUUGAUGUGUAUAUAUGGUGUGGUUACCACAAACAGUUUAAUUUUGAUUUGCACAGCCCUCAUUCAUAUCCAGUGGUGUAAAGUACUUAAGUAAAAAAUACUUUAAAGUACUACUUACAGUGGGGCAAAAAAGUAUUGUCAGCCACCAAUUGUGC